AUGGCCUCAACCGAACCGGACCCCGCCGUUGAACAACUCAUUGCUUUCCUUACCCCCAAAAACGUAGCCAUUUACGCACAAACCCGAGAAGAGUGGGCUCGCAGUAUCCUCGAAAUCGUGCUGAAUCGCGUCGCUGACCGCUGGCGUUCUGCUAAUAUUGGCACACACCCGACCUUUCAGUUGGCGACAGAGGCGUUAAAGGCAGUUGUACAAAGCGCUGACGCCCCAGAGCUUGCUAUCAACAACAAGGCGGCCGCACAAGACGUUCACCGCAUCUUGAACAUCAUCAACGCAGUAGCUCACACACAAUGGGGCCGAUUUGCUGCCAUGGCGCAACAGCCCAAAUCGAGACCUGAGGGUCAGUCUGCUCAUAGAGCUUAUCGGAUAAUUCCCCAGCUGGGACACACCCAGUGGUCCGAGUCUAUUCAAGAUCAUGCUUUGCUGCUUCGUAAAGCGUUUGACACUGUUCACCAUAGUCAUGUAUCAACUAGGCCCGAUACUCUCGUCAUCUCUUUGCAGGACUGGGGAAUGCUUCGAGAGGGCGUGGAGCAACUGGGGCAAAAGAUUAUACGAAAUUGUGGGAAACGGGCAGACAAGACUACGCUAUAUCAAAGUCCAACUGGCCUGAAUACAGCUUUGGUUCCGAAUGCUAGGGCAGUUCCCGGAGCUCGACUGGUGGAGUUGAGCCAUGCAGCACAAGCCACAGCCGCGCAUAUGCUCCCCAGCUCGACCACACAGAAUCUUCCCCAGAUGGCUAAGCAUCCUAUUGCUCCGAAGCACAUUAUACCACGCUCGCCAGGCACGAGUCCAGUUAAGAAAAAGACCAAGGACGUGCCCUUAGCUCACAAGGAGAUGACUUUCACACAUAACGAUGGGGCUUACUACUUCUUUGUACUUGCGGAGCGGGAACAGGUCAAGGGCGAUGUAAACAAGAACAAGGACAACUCUCGAGGUAUCACUGGAGAAGAACUUAGCAGCCUACUUGCUGAACUAUGGGCCCGCAUGCUUGCAGAAGAGAAGGCGCCCUUUGCAGCUAUUUACCACAAGUGGCAGGAGAAAGAACCUAGCGAUCAGCAGGUACUAGCAGCAGGAGAAUAUCAACGGCGGGGCAUUGAUGACAAUGUCCGUGCGAUUGCCCGCAAGAGAAUGGUAGUGGGCAUGAAACGGUGCAAGACUGUCCUAAACGCACGAGAUGUUUUUCAAUUCCUCAAAUCGAAGAACAUCAAGCCCACGAAUCCACUGACUAGAAAUGCGACCGCUGCAGCUCCACACAUCACCAACGUUGCUCCAACACUGCCGAAUGGGCUAUCGAGCCAUCCUCCAUUUCUUAGUUCUCCAAAGGACAACAUGGGUCCACCUCCCCGUUCAGCCGCUUCGAUCUCACGGUUUCCAGGCCCCUCAACUCGUCACCCUAGCCGUCGUGUGCCGCUCCAAACGAUUCCACCCUCUUACACGCGUCAACGAUCGCAACAAACAGCGAGCUCAAUGCCUUUCCUCAGUGAGAUCGAGCUUUUGAGGCAAGCCAAACAGGUCAACGCAAGUAUGGAAAAGAUGAUCGCUCGCUCCUCAACUGCUGGAAACUACAUUGACUUGACUGAGAACGAUCCACCGAGUCCGUAG